CCCUAUAAAAUUCGAAACCCUUGUUUCCAUCUCGAAUCUCAAUGCAGUCCACCCGAUCCCCAUUUCCACUCCAAGAACCCCAGCGCUCAAGAAUCCGAGACGAAGAACCCCUGAUCCGCAGGUAGGAGACGAUGCCGGAGUUGAAGGAAUGGAUGGUGAGGGUUGGGAAAGUGGAGGAUGGCGUGUGGAUGAGGAGGGGAGCAAGUCCUCGGUCGCCGAUGGUGAUCGCGGUGGAUAACAAGGAGAACUUGCCCCCUUGGAGGAGUGCUCGUCGCCGGAGGAGCCCGCUUCCGGCCUGGUACCCUCGUACUCCGCUCAGGGACAUCACCGUCAUCGUUCGUGCUUUGGAAAGGAGUAGAGCUCGCAUGGAAGCAGCUGCAGCUGAGAGGAGGAGGCUUGGUAUUGGGACUGAAUCAUCACCAAGGCUCUUACUCUCCCCAAGCCCUUUGCCUCCAGUAUCCAGUCCUUCUGGUCAGACACCAUCCACUCCACACCCAGCUUCUAAUAUUUCUGAUUCUACUGCAACUACUAAUACAACAGUCCUAGUUACCACAACUCCACCCCCAGCUGAUCAAUCACUUGAGACCUUAUCCCCUCCCCUGUCAGUGAAGCCCUCUGCUAAAACUCUGAAUCCAAUUGAAGCUGAAGAGAAGCUAUGCAGGUCAAUUGAUGUGAUUGAAAAGUCAGUGCUGAAGAACCUGAAGAAGACCAAAGAGCAAAACACUAGGAGGACAACCACUGCACGGAGGAACAUUCUUCUGUCAAUGCGCUGAUUACUGAAACAUUUCGUUUCAGCUGUGAAAUUCUGGUUUAAAGACAGACACUCUUGUGGACCCACUGAAUGAGCUCAAUUCAGUUGAAGCUCACUGCUACUCUUUUUUUGCUGUCAUCUCCUGCUUGGGGCUUAGUAGGGUUAUGUAAUUUGACUUCUGUAGUUCUGUGUACAUAUGCCAUUGCUACGAGUGGCUAGAGAGACUUUGGGGUUUCUCUAUGGUUUUGGGAGAUUAGAAGGGGUUAAGGUGCUGUGCGUGUCUACCCUAACGUACAAUUCUUGUUGGCCAUGAAAUUGUUUGUUGUCUCAAGAGAUUUUUAGAGUGACUCUUUUUGAGUCCAUAAGCUGUAACUUCGACAUAGUGCACUGAAGCAGUGCUUAGUUUACGUAGUCUUAAGAAAUGCAUUUAUUGCUUAAAGUCUAAUUGUCUGUGUGUGUGUUUUUUUUAUUAUGGUCUCAGUUAUUUGUUAUUGUGCGUGUAUUCUGGUUGCUUGGAAAUUUAUUUGUCUUUUUGUUUUAUUGUCUUUA